CCAGUGGUGAUUUCUGGUCUAGUCUUAAACGAAUCAAAGAUAAAGAUGAUUUAUUUGAAUCAUUUGUACAAUGUUCAGUAUGUGAUAGACUCUUGGUAUACGAACCAAAGAAUGGCACAACAACGAUUAGCUUACAUGUUCAAAAUUGUAUGAAACAAGAAAAAACAUUAAAAUCACAGCCAUCAAUUACCACAGCAAUGAAAACAACAACCAAAAUUAAUCCAGAUGAGAAACGAUCAGUUAUACAAAGAAAGCAAAGCGAAAAUCACCUUCGUUGCAUUUGUCAUGGUAUUAAUUUAGUUGUACACCAUAGUUUAUCAGCUUGUCUGUUAAUUGAACGAUUAAUUACGUCGUGUCGAAUAUUAUCAAGUCAUUUUAAGCGAUGUGAAUUAAAUCAUUUAUUACCAUCAACAUUAAAACAUGAUAAUGAUACACGCUGGAAUAGUAUUUACGAAAUGAUGAAUUCAGUAUCAAUAAAUUAUAAACAUAUUGAAGGUGUUUUAGAUGGUAGAGGUGGUGAUGAAUCAGGAAAAUUAGAUGAUAUUGGUCAACAACUCGUAACGCAAUUAUGUGAUGUAUUACUACCAUUUAAAUUAGCCAGUGAACAAUUUCAAGCUGAUUUAGAACCAACACUUCAUUUAGUAGUUCCAUGGAUAACAAAAUUAAAGCAACAUUGUACAAAAGAUAAAGAAGGUGAUUUGUUACCAAUAAUUCAAUUAAAAAAGGAAUUAUCAUUAAAAUUAGAUGAAAAAACAUAUUUAACCCAAAUUCAUUAUAUAGCAACAUUUCUUCAUCCCAUAACAAAAAAUUUAUCGCAAUUGAGUCCAACGGAACGUAAACAAGUCCAUGUGGAUGUUAAAAACCUAUUACAAGAAUUUGGAAGUUCAACAGAACAAGAAAUAUUGUCAACAACUACAAAAACUAAUACAUUCGCAAGUAAACAUAAAAGAAGAAAGACAGAAAUAACACAAGAGGAUAUAAUGGCUGAAUUUGCCAAUGAAAAUCAAGAUGUCGAUGACAGUGACGACGAAAAAGACGAAACUGAACAAUUUUUAAAAACUAAGAUGAAAUAUACAAAUGAAGACACAUUAUUAGGAUGGUGGAAAAAACAUUCACUUAUCUAUCCACAAUUAAGUAUUUUGGCACAAACAUUAUUCGGUGUCCCAUCAAGUUCAGCAACAGCUGAAAGAGUGUUUAGUUCAAGCGGAAGAAUAUUAGAAAAAAGGCGCCAAUCAUUAAAUGGUGAUACCGUCGACGAUCUUGAACAUAAUCAUGAUAAUCGUACUAGUACAACUCGCGCUUCAUCACCUAUUAGAGAUAUUGUCAAAAAAUCAGUAGCAACUGGAUUAACUCAAUUUCGAACAUCUCGUGCUCUACGAACUGAAUAA